AUGGACGCUACCUAUAAGAUGAGCCAGUGUGAGUACCCAGAACUUGUUGUGGGAAUUUCGGAUCGUUCGCGUAAGUUCCAUUUGGUGGCCCUCUUUAUUAUAUCGCGAGAGGCCCAGUUAUGCUUCCAAGCAGCUCUGCUUGCACCACGGCGUCUAUGCUGCUGGAUUAUCCAGAAAGAGCUGGUUGUAUGCUACGCAAUGGUUGGCGGUGACAGAGCUCAACUCAAUGCUCUAACUGCGGCGUUCGGACACAACCCGGUCUACCAGUUCCUAAUGUGUUUCUUUCACGUCCUGAAGAAGGUCCGGGAGGCGACUGAGCCUCUUUCCUCGGGUGCACGAUCUACUAUCCUACGCGAUGUAUACAAUAUGCACGUUGCUCGCAAAGAGUCGGUCUAUUUGCCGUUGCAGAAUGCGAGUUUAAAGCGCUGGUAG